AUGGCUCGCUGGGAGAUCCUCUGCCUUGCCUUGUGCUGCUGCCUGGGGGCAGCAAGAGCAGCAACCGUGGGUGCGGUGCUCACCGAGGGAGGGUUCGUGGAAGGCGAGAACAAGAAGGUAGGACUCUUCGAGGGCUAUGUCGACAUCUUCAGAGGGAUUCCCUUUGCUGCUCCCACAAGGACUCUGGAAGAUCCUCAGCCUCACCCUGGCUGGGAAGGUAAGCUCCAGCUUUUGGACACAUUUGCUCUGGGUGGAUGGAUGUAUGGACAGCAAGUUUGCAACCCAAGGGUGGAACUGAUGUCUCUAACCAGGAGCUGCUGUCUCCCCUGUCCCCUCUCAGGAACACUGAGUGCAAAGGACUUCAAGAACCGCUGCAUGCAGACGACGCUCACCCAGGAUGAUGUCCGUGGCAGUGAGGACUGCCUCUACCUGAACAUCUGGAUCCCUCAGGGCAGGAAGCACGUCUCUACCAAGCUGCCAGUGAUGAUCUGGAUCUACGGCGGUGCCUUCCUUGUGGGAGGGAGCCAGGGAGCCAACUUCCUCAACAACUACCUCUACGACGGGGAGGAGAUCGCCGUGCGGGGCAACGUGAUCGUGGUGACCUUCAACUACCGCCUGGGGCCCCUGGGCUUCCUCAGCACCGGAGACGAAAACCUGCCAGGGAACUACGGGCUGAAAGACCAGCACAUGGCUAUUGCCUGGGUGAAGAGGAACAUCAAAGCCUUUGGAGGUGACCCAGAUAACAUCACUAUCUUUGGGGAAUCAGCUGGUGCCACCAGUGUCUCCCUGCAGAUGCUGAGCCCGAAGAACAAAGGCUUGUUCAAGAGAGCCAUCAGCCAGAGCGGCGUGGGUCUCUGCAGCUGGGCCAUCCAAAAGGACCCCCUGUCCUGGGCUAAAAAGAUUGGAGCCAACGUUGGCUGCCCCAUCUCCAACACCACCGCCCUGGCUGAGUGCCUGCGUCUCUCCAGCCCCAAGGCUUUGACUCUGGCUUACCAUCUGGACCUGGUCGAGCUGACUGGUCCCCUGGUGCACACCCUUGCCCUCUCUCCUGUCAUCGAUGGAGACUUCCUGCCAGACAUGCCAGAGAACCUCUUUGCCAACGCUGCUGACAUUGACUACAUUGCUGGGGUCAAUGACAUGGAUGGGCACUUCUUUGCUGGCAUCGACAUUCCUGCCAUCAACAGGCCCCUGGUGAAAGUCACUGCAGAUGAGGUCUACACUCUGGUCAAAGGACUUACUGUGGACAGGGGGACCGAAGGAGCCAGGCUGGCAUACAACAUCUACACCCAAGACUGGGGUGAAAAACCAGACAAGGAUACAGUGAAGAAGACAGUGGUGGCCCUGACCACUGACUACAUCUUCCUGAUUCCCACACAGUGGGCACUGAAUCUGCACUCAAAGAAUGCCAAGACUGCCAAGACCUACAGCUACCUGUUCUCCCAGCCCUCCCGCAUGCCUGUCUACCCGAGCUGGGUGGGGGCAGACCACGCUGACGACCUGCAGUAUGUGUUUGGGAAACCCUUUGCCACCCCCCUGGGCUACCUGCCCAAGCACAGGACUGUCUCGAGUGCCAUGAUUGCUUACUGGACCAACUUUGCUAAGACAGGCAAUCCCAACGAGGGCUACUCCAAGGUGCCUGUGAACUGGCCAGCCUACAGUGAGCAGAACACUUACUACCUGGACAUCAACAACAAGCUUGGCAAGAAGUCUGUGAAGCAGGACCUGAGAGCUCCCUUUGUGACCUUCUGGAACUCGGUGUACAGGAGCCUGCCGCAGGUUGCCAACAUCACCCAGACCCUGUAGCUGCUGUGAAGCUAAGAGCACCUCUCGAGGAGAGGCUACAUUCAUUA